AAUUUGAAUAUUGAAAACAUGCUUCUGGUUUGAAGGAUGGCACCUUUCCACGAAGUCCUGGCAUCGCAGGUGGAGAGUUUGAAACGCAACUUGAGCGAGGAGCAUGAACUUGCUUUAGAUACAUUGCAUGCCCAAAACGCUCUUUUGAGACAGAAAUUGGAUUCAAAACAAAAAACAUAUCGAGAGUUGCUGCGAAAGUACAAAGAGCUUCAGCCUGAAGACUAUGUCAUGGAAGAGCGGGAAGAGCUUUGCGAAACGAUGGGUUUGUCUGAUCCGCCACCCUCAGAGGUGGUGAGAGAAAAGGACAUCGCGCGCCAAGCACAUCCUCUGCACCAAUCCGGUGACGAAUUGAUAUACCAACCUGGUCACAGAUGGGCAUGUUUGGUUGAGCAGGCACUCGUGCAUGAGGUUCAGCUGGAAGAGGCAAGAAUGCUCGAUGAACUCUAUUCAAUGCGAAUGCACAGUGCAUGGCGAACGACGUUCCGCACAGUACAGAAGAGAAGAGCUUCCCAACUUGAUUGUCCCAUUCCCCUUCAGGAGAUACCCAGAAGGAUGUCCACCAAGCACCAGCUAGGUACAGCAAUCCUAGAUGAUUACCAUCAGAGGUGGCAGAGGAUGAUUCUGUCUCCUACCAGUAACUUGCGAUUGGGAUGGCUGAUUGCUGGCAUGUUCUUCAUUUUCAUUGACAUCCUGGUGAUUCCGUUAUCUAUCUUCGACUUGGGAGAUCAUAUCUUCUUCAAGGUCCAACAGGUGGUGAGCUGGCUCUUCUGGCUCUUUGAUGUUUUCGUUUCCUUUAUCAGCGGCUACGACAAGAAUGGGCGCAUUGAGAUGCGGCCUGCAGUUAUUGCCAAAAUGUACUUGCGAACGAUGUUUCCCUUUGAUAUCUUCAUCCUCUCGAUCGAUGUUAUGAUGUUCACCUUGGAUGCUUCCCUGGGUUCAGAAGCGGAUGCCCUGCGAACGACUCGCAUCAUCCGAUCAUUGCGAUUAUUGCGUCUACUCAGGUUGCUUCGCGUUGGAAAGUUGAGGGCGAUCUUGAAAGCGUGUGAAAAGCGACUGCGCAACCCCUAUUCGGUUUUGGUGCUCAAGCUGUCAUCUGCACUUGCUACAGUUCUGCUCAUCAACCACUUCAUUGCCUGUGGUUGGUACUAUGUUGGGCUUGAAGGUAAUCCUUCGCGAAAUUGGAUUAUAUUGUCUCAACUGGAUGGUCAACCCUUUGGUGAGGUAUACGUCUCUGCAAUGCAUUGGUCUCUAACACAGUUCAUGCCCGCCACCAACAACAUCGGACCGGACAACGUUUUUGAGCGCUUGUUUGCAAUAAUGACGGUCCUGGUGGCUGUAUGCCUGUUUUCAUCACUGGUGGGGUCCAUCACAGCUGCAGUUGGAUCGUUCCGUCAAGUGCAGGCUGAAAAGCUGAAGCAAGAGGCAUCGGUGCACGCAUUCUUCGAGGAGCGGAAGCUCUCUGCGGAGCUUUUUGACGAAAUGCGGGAGCACGGGCAAGAAAGUCAGAAAGGCAGGGAUAUUGCAGUGGAUGUGACUACCAAAAUGUCAGACAUAAAGCUCUUCCGCGACUGCCCCGAGUCGCUCAAACUCCGCUUGAAUGAAGAGGUAUUCAUGCCGGCUUUCCAACAUCCAGCAUGGAUCCAGAAAGACCUGAUGGACCCAAGCUUCCUGCUCAAGGUGUGCCACACAAUGUUCGAGAAGUUGGAGUCUCCUGCGAAGGACCUUUUUCUCCCUGAUCAGACGGCAACCUUGGCUUUUUAUGUGGCUUCUGGAAGCCUGAAUUUUGCUGAAUCGCAGGGGACAAUUCGAAAGAAGGUGGGUCCUCCGAGCAAAGUGCUUCCCGGUUCGUGGCUUUGUGAGCCGGUGCUCUGGGCGCAAUGGUAUCACCGUGGGCAACUCACAAGUACCAGCACAUCUUUCCUGAUGUGUUUGGACAGUGCCAAAUUCAUAGAUUUGGCGCUUGAGACUGGUGGCCCAACAUACCAGUUUCUAUUCAUGUUUGGCAUUCUCUAUGUGGGCAUGAUGGAAAGGCUUUGCUCGGAAGGCUCGGUAGUCACAGACCGAGGAAUCGAGGCACAGCACAUGCAUGACUUGGCGGAGACGUGGUCCUUUUUUUGUCGCGUCGCGAGGAUUGUAGGCAUCAAUGACCACAUCGAUGGUGGAGAGUGGUGUUACAAGUCGAGCAUGUUGAGUUUUAGAUGCCUGAGGAUCGUGCCAGCAAGUUCCUCGCAGUUUCAGCAAGUUCCUCUGCAUUCAUGGGAAAAGGGAAGGAAGGGUGUGGGAACUUCAGACUAGAGCUUGAAGAGAUGCCUCUGUCGAGCACCACUUGAUAGAUGGCACUCUUGUAACCUUGGACCCC